AUGCCUAAUCGUAUGAAAAAUUCUUAUACAAUUCAUGAACAAGGUUGUGAAUAUGUCAAUUAUGAUGAAGAGGAUAUGUUACCAUCAAUAACAAAUGAUAUAAUUAAUUCAAAUGAAAAUCAAUUCACAAUAGUACCAUUAAUAUUGAUGAAUCUAAAUUUGGGUUUAAUAUCAACACAACUUGCAAGUACUCAUGUUAUAUGUACUACUCAUUGA